UUCGCGUUGAUUCCAAACUUCACCACCGCAAUCGCAUACUUCUCAAACUUCACUUCUCUUCUUUUGGCCUCUGCGUUUUUUCAAUCCUUUUCCUCCGCCACUCAUAAAAAAAAUCCAUACUGAUCGCGUCGAGCGCAGCAAGCCUCUAUAAUCGAGUUUCCUUACUGCCACAUCUCGUUCUCGAACGACUGGUACACUAUCUACACUGCCUACUAGAGAGCCGAUAUCUCUUGAAAACUCGACAUACCGAAUUUGAAUCAUCUUUUGAUAUCCCCCGCAAGCAUCGCCAAUUACGCCCACGAUGUCCGGAGAGAACGACAGCGGAAGCCCUGCUGCGGAACGACAGGACGCACCCGCCGGCGGCAGCGAGCACCUUAAUAUCAAGGUGACGGACAACAACAACGAGGUCUUUUUCAAAAUCAAGCGCUCUACUAAGCUCGAGAAGUUGAUGACGGCCUUCUGCGAACGUCAAGGCAAGGUCGUCGAUUCCGUGCGCUUUCUGUUCGAAGGGCAGCGGGUUCAAAAGAGCGAUACGCCCGAUUCUCUGGAGAUGGCCGACGGCGACACCUUGGAAGUUCACCAGGAACAGGUGGGAGGUGCCUCUCGCCGCUAAUAUUGCCAGCAUUCUAUGAUGAGCGGACCGAUCGCGCCGUUGGCAUGAUUUAUGGAUGAAAUAUGGAUCUGGAAUGGGAGGAUUCGAAGGGUUCGCCGUAUCUCCGAUUUAAGUCAGGUGGCAGUAGAAGCAACGGGGACGACUAUGAACGAGGUCUCCCGCCCCCCAGGGGUUCUUUGCGUGUCCUCGGUACCUCCCUCUCUCCGCCCUAAGUUGG